AUGGCGGUGCGACUCGGCUUGCUCCAUCUGCUUUUCAAAGCAUGCCUCGUCUUCGCCGCAGAGGAUGCGCCCACCCGUCUGAAAAUCUGGAGAUAUCAAGUUAAUGCGGUUCUUGAGCCCUGCCCUCAGUGUCAGGUUUAUCCGUAUAUUUCAUGGGGGCCAUCGAUCCGAGCGGGGAUAUGUCAGGAUUUUAAAGUACGCUCGAAGUCACUUCCCAGUACCUCCACCAAGAUUGCAUGUGCUGUGGAGGGUGGCCAGAAGGUUUACAGGUUCCCACCUGGUAUUUUUGAACUUGACGAGCAGCUGCUGAUCCCCGAGCGGACAUCCAUCAUUGGAGCCCGAGACCCCAACGAUUGGUCGCAGCCAGCAAAAUCACCAACAUGGGAGGAGCAGACUCUGUUUCUUGCAACACGAGGUGUCACAGAUUACAACAUGGUCUACUGUCAUGCUGCCGACAUGGUCACGACGAGGGUCGGAUUCGUUCUCAGCAGCUACGUGACGGUACGCAAUGUGAAUUAUCAGGGCAUCGACACAAUUCGGCCCAACGACAACGGUGCGCUUUGCGGCGGUGGUGCUUUUGAAACCAAAGGCUGCGCGGAGAACAGCUGCGCUGCAUCUGCUGUGAACAACGGUGGCUCCGACGGCAUCGGCUCUGUCUCUGUAACGGUUGAGAACGUUCGACUGAACGACUUCUUCUUUACUGAAGACCAGACCAUGGUUGGAGUUCUGAUACCAGGGAACUACGACUGCAAAACGGACAAGUGGGUGAGCGAGUGCUGUUUCUGCAAGCCAAAUGGCGUCCGCUCCACGCAGGUAGGUGUUUGGGUUCCAGAGACUAGAAAUUGGCAAGGAACUCGUGACUUACUUGUGAGAAAUCUUGUCUCAAGAAGUGCACAGGCUGAUGCGAUCAAUCUACACGGAUAUCUGCAAGGUGCUCUUGUCGAGUCGGUCUACUUCGAGAACACAGGUGAUGACAUGUACGUGGUUUGGGGGGCCAGCGCCAACCCCGAGAAUGUGACCUUCCGGAGUUGUACCGCUGUGAAUCCAGGCAUCAUGCGCCCAAACUGGUAUGGAAACUGUGUUGCAACGUACGGACUCAAGCAGGUUAUGUUUGACAGCAUCACAUGCAGAGCUCCCACACCACAGCAUCCUAUUUUGCAGCCAGAAAGUGGGGAGAGUUGCAUUGACACUUCUAUGUUCGUAUUCUAUACUAGCUUCGGGGGCAGCUAUCCUGUGGACAACAGCAUCACUGUCAAGAACUGGACCUUUCAAGACUUGGCAGGUAAGUCGUACACUCCGGAGGAAGGUUCAUUGAGCAAGUAUGCACCGGGAAAGAUGGUGUGGACGCGGACAGCAGAGCAGCUAGCCCCGUUUUACUUGCCGAAUCAGCAGCAGCAGGUCAAUGUAUAUUUCGCAUGA